AUGAUAUCUUUUCUCUCCUCUCUCGUCCUUUUGCUAUCGUCGGUUAAUGCCUAUACGCCCGUUUCCGACGACACGCUACGGUCUCUAUCCCGUCCCGGAACCGAUUUCGAUAUUCACAAUGGUGCGAUACUUGCACCAAUUUUGCGGCCAAGAGUGCCCGGCACACCUGGGUCGACCGCUGUUCUCGAACACUUCGUAAAAUUCUUCAAAACGACCCUGCCAGAUUGGAGACUUGAGUUCCAGAACUCUACCUCCAAAACGCCAGUAACCGGUGACAAGCAGAUACCAUUCGUUAACCUAAUUGCCAUUCGAGAUCCUCCCUUCGCGCACGUCGGUGAUGUUAGCAGGCUGACUCUGGUCGCGCACUACGACAGUAAACUUACUCCGGAAGGGUUUAUCGGCGCGAUAGACAGUGCGGCACCAUGCGCAAUGCUCUUGCAUUCCGUACGGAGCAUCGAUGUGGCGUUAACGAAGAGAUGGAAAACAAUACAAGCAAAUCCGCCAGAUGAUAUAGAUAUGGAUGCUCAACAGGGUGUUCAAGUUUUCCUGCUGGACGGGGAAGAAGCAUUUGGCGAUUGGACUGCUACGGACUCUCUCUACGGAGCUCGCUCGCUAGCUGAACACAUGGAACAUGAAUACUAUCCAGCCCUCUCCACAUUCAAAACGUCCUUGUCUGCCAUCAGAUUAUUUGUGCUUUUGGAUCUCCUAGGGAGCAAGGACCCUAUUAUGCCCUCUUUCUUUGCAACCACACACUGGGCAUACAAGCACAUGGCCAAACUCGAGCAACGACUUCGUAAGCUCGGGCAGUUCAAAUCAGACCCAGACCCCAAAAAGGGUGCCGAGAAGGCGUGGCUUACGGAAGGGAACAGGUCGCCGGAGAUGAGGUUUCAGUCACACAUCUCAGACGACCAUGUGCCUUUUAUGCAGAGAGGAGUCGAAAUCCUCCACAUGAUACCUUGGCCUUUCCCACACGAGCUGUGGCAUAAGAUCCAAGAUGACGCGGAACAUCUCGAUCCUCCUACCGUUGAAGACUGGAGCACACUCAUCACCGCUUUCUUGGCCGAGUGGAUGGACCUUGAAGGGUUUUUCGAUACAAAAAAGUCGAAACAGGCUAGAAUAGACGAUGAAGAAAAGACGGAGCUGUAA